GGUAGUUUAAGGUGGAAACGGGGUUAGGGUGAAAAUGGGGGUUUUAAGGUGGAAAUGUGCGGUUUAGGGUGGAAAUGGGGCUGAAAAUGGGGUUUAUGGCUGGAAAUUGGGGAUUUAAGGUGGAAAUAUGAGGUUUUAAGGUGGAAAUGGGGGGGUUAGAAUUGGAAUGGGCCUGAAAAUGGGUUUUAUGGCUGGAAAUUGGGGGAUUUAAGGUGGAAAUGAGGGAUUUUGAGGUCCGAAAACAACAACUUUGGGAUAACCCAAUGGGAUUCAGGCUGCGAUCCCCUUCCCAUUGGGAUCAAUGAGCCCCCCCAUUGGGCGGAGCCUCUGCGGCGCUCUCCGCUCCCAUUGGCUGGCGCGGAGGGGGGGCGUGGCCUGACACCGGAAGCAGCGUGGCCUGAGCCCGGAAGCGGCGCCCUGAGGGGAGGCCGCAACCGGUUGGGACCCCCCCUCAAAACCGGGUGCUCCCCCCCCAAAACCGGGUGAACCUUGACCCCAAACCGGAUGCCCUUUGACCCCAAACCGGGUGAACUUUGACCCAUGGCCCGUCCCAUCGCCCUACGGCGGCUGCAUCGGACCUGCGGCCUACGGGGCCUCACGGCCGAGGAAGCGGAACGGGCCCGGGGGGUGCGGGGACCCCCCCGGCAGAAGCUGAGUGAGGGGGCCCGAGAGCGGCCGGUGCCGGUGUCACGGCUGGGGAGGAUGGCGAGCUUCGGGGGUCUCGCUCUGGGGCUCGGGAUAGGGGCCCUGGCCCAGGCGGCACGAGCAAAGCUGGGGGGGGCUCCGCUGGGUGCCAGCUCCCUCCUGGCCGGAGCCAACGGGCAGCGUCUCGCGGGCGCCCUCUGCAGGACCCGGGGGGCGGCGCUGAAGCUGGGCCAGAUGCUGAGCAUGCAAGAUCCCGGUUUCCUGCCUCCGGACCUGCUGCAGGCCCUGGAGCGCCUCCGCCAAGGCGCUGACUUCAUGCCCCGCUGGCAAAGCACCCAAGUCCUGGAUGAGGAGCUGGGUCCCGGCUGGAGGGAUAAGCUCUUGGAAUUCCAGGAUAUUCCCUUUGCGGCUGCUUCCAUUGGCCAAGUGCACCUUGGGAUGCUGCAGGAUGGGACCCGAGUGGCCAUCAAGAUCCAGUAUCCCGGUAUCGCCCAGAGCAUCCGCAGCGACGUGGAAAACCUCUUGGCUCUGCUCCGGAUGAGCUCUGCUUUGCCCAAGGGCCUUUUUGCUGAGAAAUCCCUGGAAGUGCUGCAGAAAGAGCUGGAAUGGGAAUGCGAUUACCAACGGGAAGCCCAAUGCGCCCGCACCUUCCGGGAUCUCCUUCGGGAUGAUCCCUUCUUCUCUGUGCCGCGGGUGGUGGAGGAGCUGUCGGCAUCGCGGGUCCUCACCAUGGAGCUGGGCAGCGGGAUCCCAUUGGAUCAGUGUCGGGAUCUGGCGCAGGACGUGCGGGAUGAGAUCUGCACCCAGCUCCUCCGCCUCUGCCUGCAGGAGCUCUUCGAGUUCCGCCUCAUGCAGACCGAUCCCAACUGGGCCAACUUCCUCUAUGACCCCCCCCAGCACAAGGUGACACUGUUGGAUUUCGGAGCCACACGUUCCUUCGAUCGGGAAUUCACGGAUCAUUACAUUGAGGUGAUCUGGGCUGCGGCCGAUGGGGAUAAGGAGAAGGUGCUGCAGAAAUCCCGGGAUCUCAAGUUCCUAACGGGAUUUGAGAGCAAAGCUCACCUCUCCGCUCUGUCCGCCGCCAUCUUCCUCCUGGCCGAGCCCUUCUCGUCCUCGGCCCCGUUCGACUUCGGGUGCGCGCGCACGGCGGGCGGGGUGCGCGCGCUGCUGCCGCCGCUGCUACGUCACCGCCUGGCCCCGCCCCCGGAAGCGUCCUACGCCCUGCACCGGAAGUUGGCCGGGGCCUUCCUGUGCUGCGCACGCCUCAGGGGGCGCGUCCGCUGCCGGGCGCUGUUCCUGCGCAUGCGCGGGAGGUACUGGGAGGGGAGGACACCCCCGCAAUAAACAAUGGGAGCGGCC